AUGACAUCUACAGGUCCAGCCUGCAGUCGCACACAACCUACAUCAGCACCCUUGAGAGCUGGAGCCGGUACGUCUCCGAGAAUGACCUCCUGGGAGGCGCAGUACUGGCGCAAGAUGGUGUGCAACGAGGGCGAUGGCACGGGAAUGCUCGGCGACUCCGGCAAAGUUCGAGGACCACGAGCCGUACGCCCCGCCGAGGGAGAAGGUCGGACCAGGCGAGGGCACCAGCGGCACGGGGGCGGCCCCGGCAAGGCCGCCGGCCGCUCGGCGCCGUCCGCCCGGCAGCAGGGCGCAGCCCCGCGGGAGACCGCCGAGGGCGCCGCCAAGAGCCACGGGGUGCUUCCGAGGCUGAUGCAGCUCGGCACGGGCCCGGGCACGAGAAGCGCGCCGCUGCUGGUGGGCCGCGUGGCCGCGCCCGGCGCGAGCGUGGAGGAGAGCGACGCUGGCGCCGCGCGCGUCAAUUGCGGAUAG